UUGAAGUUCCUACUCAUUUCGCAUAUCAGUUCGGAAUAAUUCUAGCGUUGAAACUGUACCUAAAUAUAUUUACUAUAUUAUGUUCACCAUAAUAAAAGGAAUGUAAAUAACAAUAGAGACAUGCCGGUUGAUAGAAACUUGUAAAUAAUUUUAAUUAAAAAGACAAAAUUAAUUAUAAAAAUGAACAAACAAACUACGGUAUUAUAUCUAGUACUUAAUGUAUUUUUUUCGAUACUAAUAGUCUUGUUAAACAAAUGGGUGUACUAUAACAUUGGUUUUCCAAACAUAACUCUGUCAAUGAUACACUUUAUAGUGACAUUUAUUGGGUUGAUAAUAUGUGAAAAAUUUGAUGUAUUUUGUAUAAAAGAUGUUGCUGUUAAAGAAAUGUUAUUUAUUGCGAUGACCUUUUGCGGUUUCGUCGUGCUGACAAAUUUGAGUUUGGCCCACAAUACAGUUGGGACUUAUCAGAUUGCUAAAAUGUUGACAACUCCAUGUGUCAUUAUCAUACAAAUGUCAUUUUAUAACAAACACUUUGGUCUCCCAGUUAAAUUAACACUUAUUCCAAUUGUAUUGGGAGUAAUUAUUAAUUUUUAUUACGAUAUACAAUUUAAUAUUCUAGGAACUAUUUAUGCGACUCUUGGAGUACUUGUGACAUCGCUUUAUCAAGUGUGGAUCAAUCAAAAACAAAAAGAACUACAAAUGGACCCUAUGCAACUUUUGUAUUAUCAAGCUCCUUUAUCUGCUUUUAUGCUCUUAUUUAUUGUACCUAUUGUUGAACCUAUUGGUAGUACCUUGAGCCACAAUUGGUCUAUUUUUGAUAUCGUCAUGGUUCUGUUUUCUAGUGUCGUAGCAUUUUUUGUUAAUCUUACGUCUUAUUGGAUCAUUGGAAAAACAUCGCCCUUAACAUACAAUAUGGUUGGACAUUGUAAAUUUUGUUUAUUAUUAUUAGGUGGUUCAAUUGUAUUUAAAGAAUCUCUAGCGUUAAAUCAAGCUAUUGGAAUUACAUUAACUUUGGGAGGAAUUAUUUCUUAUACUCAUGUGAAGGCAAGUUUAAACAAACAAUUCAUAAAUUAAUGAAAGACAAUCAAUUGACUGCAGAGUCACAAAUUGAAGAAGGAAAGCCUUUUGUGCAUAAAAUAUAAUCAUAAUCAAACUAAAUAUCCUGUUUCAUAAUAAUAUUACCUUGAAAUUGUAUGUGAAAGCUCGAUGAUUUUAUCGUAAAAGUUACUGAUUAUUUGAUAUAUCAGUGAUUAAUUAAUACACGAUAUCAAAAUGAAUAUUUAUUUAUAUUAUUGGCUUAAACGUCAGUAAAUAUUUAUUUUCA